GCAAUGGUUUAAGAAGAGGGAACUUCAGUCAGCAAAUAAUUAGGUUUGUAAAACAAGCGCAAGAGAAAACGAAAACCUUCCAUCAGUCUCGUGCUUGUAAAAGUUGUCAGAAAUCCUGCUUUGAUUGUAACGGCUUUACAGCUAUAUGUUAGAAUAACUAAAACGUCUGUUCAGCAACAUUGUGAAAUCCUCGUGCUCUGAACUUUUGAUAAAGGGGACUGCUGAGCGAUUGGCUCGUAGAGACUUUUACAGGCAGCAGGAGCUGUAAGUAGAGUGGUCACUGCUUGCCUUCCCUAGGUCUGGUCAGAGGGAAGUGCAGAAGACAGCUUUUUAUAUGAGUGCUUGAUUUUCCUUGGAGAGGGAGAGAGCAGGAAGUGCCUAGGAAAUGGUUCACGACAGAAACCUGAAGUUCUAAAUAGAAGAGAGGAGGAGGAGAGCUGAUGGAUGCAGCUUCUGAGUAGUUGAGCUCCUGAACCAGACUUCUCUGAGAGUGAGCACAUCCCAUCCCAUCCUGAUGGAAGGGGAGACGGUACCAGAGACCAGGAGAGCAGCCAACAAAGCCACUCGGAUUGCCCUUGGUGUGUUCGUGGCUGGCACCAUUGCGCUUGGCACUGCACUUUUCUUGGUUAGCCAAGGUCUUAUAAAGUUUCACCCGAAGCAACAAUACUGUUUGACUUCAGAAUGCAUUGAAGCUGCUGCUGCCAUCUUAGGCAAGAUAAAUCAGUCUGUAGAUCCUUGCGAGAACUUUUAUCGAUUUGCAUGUGAUGGCUGGAUAUAUAAUCACCCUAUUCCUGAAGACAUGUCAAACUACGGUGUUUAUCCUUGGCUGCGGCACAAUGUGGACCUCAAACUAAAGGCAUUACUUGAGAAACCAAUCAGCAAAAGACAGGACAGUGAAGCUGUACAGAAGGCCAAGAUCCUUUACGCAUCCUGUAUGAAUGAGAAAAAAAUCGAAAAAGCCGAUGUGAAACCACUGCUAAGCAUACUGAGGCACUCCCCUUUCCACUGGCCUGUGCUGGAAUCCAACAUUGGACCUGAGGGGCUGUGGUCGGAGAGGAGGUUUAGCUUAGUCCAGACUCUGGCAACCCUUCGUGGUCAAUACAGUAACUCUGUCUUCAUCCGUUUAUAUGUGGCUGCUGAUGACAAAAUUUCCAACCGGUACAUCCUGAAGCUAGAUCAAGCAAGCCUCUCUCUUUCAUCUCGAGAGGAUUACCUAGAAAACACCACAGAAGCUAAAUCUUACCGAGAUGCCUUUUUGCAGUUCAUGGUUGAUACAGCAGUGCUUCUGGGUGCAAAUGCUUCACGAGCCGAGUCUGAUAUGAAGUCAGUUCUGAAGCUGGAAGUUAAAAUAGCUGAGAUCAUGAUUCCAUAUGAAAAUCGAACAAGCGAGGUGAUGUACAAUAAAAUGAACAUAUCGGAGCUUAGUGCCAUGAUUCCACAGUUUGACUGGCUGGGAUACAUCAAGAAAGUGAUUGACACCAGACUCUACCCUGAGCUCAAAGACAUAGGUCCUUCAGAAAAUGUGAUUAUCCGUGUUCCCCAGUACUUCAAAGAUUUAUUCAGGAUACUUGAAAGUGAAAGGAAAAAGACUCUUGCCAACUAUCUGGUGUGGAGGAUGGUUUAUUCAAGGUUAUUUAACCUCAGUAGACGUUUUCAGUAUCGGUGGCUGGAAUUUUCUCGGGUGAUCCAUGGAACAACAUCUUUGCUGCCUCAGUGGGAUAAAUGUGUGGACUUUGUUGAAAGUGCACUCCCUUACGUUGUUGGUAAGAUGUUUGUGAAUGCCCAUUUUCAAGAAGACAAGAAAGAGAUGAUGGAGGAGUUGACUGAAGGAAUACGCUGGGCUUUUAUCGACAUGUUGGAAAAGGAAAAUGACUGGAUGGACUCUGAAACAAAAAGAAAAGCUUACGAGAAGGCAAAAGCAGUUAUGGCAAAAGUGGGUUAUCCCCAGUUUAUAAUGAAUGACACAUAUAUUAAUGAAGACAUCAAAACACUGAAAUUUACAGAAAGUGACUAUUUUGGCAAUGUAUUACAAACUCGCAAAUACGCAGCCCAGUCUGAUUUCUACUGGCUUAGAAAAGAAGUUCCAAAAACAGAGUGGUUUACCAGCCCAACUACUGUCAAUGCUUUUUAUAGUGCAUCUACCAAUCAAAUCAGAUUCCCAGCAGGAGAACUGCAAAAGCCUUUCUUUUGGGGAACAGAGUAUCCUAGAUCAUUAAGCUAUGGUGCUAUAGGAGUAAUUGUUGGCCACGAGUUUACUCAUGGAUUUGAUAAUAAUGGUCGGAAAUACGACAAAAAUGGAAAUUUAGACCCAUGGUGGACAAAUGGCUCUGAAGAAAAAUUUAAAGAGAAGACAAAAUGCAUGAUUAAUCAAUACAGCAGUUACUACUGGAAGAGAGCUGGCUUACAUGUGAAUGGCAAGAGGACUUUGGCAGAAAACAUUGCAGAUAAUGGAGGUUUGCGAGAGGCUUUCAGAGCAUACAGGAGAUGGAUUAGAGAAAAGAGAGGAGGAGAAGAAGAACCUUUACUGCCAGGCCUUGACUUCACACACAACCAGCUUUUCUUUCUGAGUUAUGCCCAUGUAAGAUGCAACUCCUUUAGAUCAGAAUCUGCAAGAGAACAAAUAUAUGCUGGAGCUCACAGCCCUCCUAUGUUCAGAGUUAUUGGUGCCAUGAGCAACUUUGAAGAGUUCCGUAAGGCUUUCAGCUGCCCAGUAAACACGAAUAUGAACCGAGGGGCAGAAUCCUGCCGGCUGUGGUAGACAUCCCACACAGGUCUUUUGUCAACAGGGGUCUGCAAUGUGAACUGCUGCAUCUGAGCUCAUGCCCACCACUAGAGUUUCAGAAUAAUGUUCUGCAAUCUGGAGAGGUGUUACUUCAAAUGCACUCAUAUGGAUGAACUAUAUGGGCACUCCUUUUAUCCAUAAAACUCCUCCUGUUCAUCUGCAGUUGCAUUGCCAUUGAUGAGUAACUGCCAUUAUCAAUUCUAAUUCCUGAUUUAUAUGUGAGCAAGAGGUAAAUGCUAAAAUCUAGUUUUAAUCUAUUGCUCUGCAGGGGUGCUAUGCAGAAUGCUCCCAUACAAAAUUUGUUCUUUUUGGAUGAAGAAAUUCAUGAGACCUACUAUAAAGCCAACUCUGAUCUGCUGUGUGAUACAGCAUUUUCAUAACUUAAACUGUCACUGCCCAGCAUGCCAUAAAUGAUGUUGCAUGAUGUAAAGGCACAAGACUUUAUAUAAAUUUGGUUUAAUAUGUCAGAUUAGUGCCUUAGGUUUUGGAACAGCUUCAAGCUGAGAAAGCACCUCAUGGUUUCCAUCUGCUAGGACUAAAUAGAAAGGAUACUUGUCAGAUCCUGUCCUUUUCUAAUUUUAGAACAGCUUAUGACAAAAAUCAACGUAUGGUGAAAAAACAGAGGCUUGCAGAGGGAUUUCCCAGCACCAUGAUACCCAGAUUUAUUACAGCACUUAUUCCUGUUUAAAGUGUGGGCAGUUUUUUUCCCCAUGGGCUGAAUUUUAUGUUGUGCUGAAGAUGGUUUCACCUACAUUUAUUUUUAAGCCCGAAAUACUACACCAGUUUUAAUUUUAGUAUGUGUUAGUGUCUGAGAUUUACAGAAGAAUAUAAGUAGUAUACAUGUUUGUCCUCAUGUUCUGAACAGGGCAAGAUUACCUGUAGUUUUAAGGAAAGAAGAAUAUGUGACUGAAAAACAGAGUGCCAGCAGCAUUUGACUUGUCUGGGUCAAAAGAUCAGUUUAGAAGUAGAGGACUUUUAAAUGCAGCAUAUACACAGGCCAGUUGAGUUUUUUAUCUGAUUUCUAAUGAUAUUAAAUAAAAAUAAAAUAAAAUUUAGUAGCAGAAAAUAUUUAAUGCAAAAUUAUUAGUAAAGGGGGAAGAAAACUAAGAUAGCCCUUUCUUCCCUAACAGAAAGAUACAUAUUUAACUGGUAUUUAUUUAUACCCUGUGCAUUAAUUCAUUUUUGGAUUGUGGAAUCAUUUCAAAUGGAGAGAGAGCUUCUUUACAUUGAUUUAAUUACUGCAAAUCUAUAUGUCUGUGUAUAUAUAUUAUAUAUAUACAAAAAAUAUAGAUUCUUCUAUUAAUUUGUUUAAGUUUUAUUUUAUCAGUAUAUAAAUAUUUGUAAGAUACAUUUUUUUACAAGGAUUGAUCAAUUAUUUUCUAACAGUCAAGGUGGAUGAAGGUUCAGCUGAAGCUAAGUUUUUGCAAAUGGGGUUAGUUUCCUAUGUUUCUUUAUAAAGAAGGGAGACAUUAUGGAAACAUACUUCAUAAAAGAAAAUAGAUCCUCAAACUACCUUUCAGAGUGAAGGAACUAAACUUAAGUCAUUCCUAAACUUAAGUCAUUGUUGCCACAAUCAAAAAAUUAUGUUUUAGGGGCUAGGAUUUUCUUUUAAUUUUCCCCUGAAGAAAAUCAAUUUUUUCUUAAGAGCAAACACACUUUUCUUCCUUUAAGCCAGCUCUUAGUUCUAUGGAACAUAGUUUAUUUUUUGAGUUGACACUAACAUUUUUAUUUUUUUUCCUGGAGAUAUUUUUCACACAAACUAUUUAGAUGACAGUAUUUUCAUAAGAACUUUCCUCAGACAAGUAGGAAUGGCUCUUGAGCAAAGUCACAGGGUUUGCCUACUAAUGGGAAAGUUCCUCAACAAAUUGAGUGCUGUCCUGAUUUCAUUCCUGUUCUCAUACAAGUACUGAGACAACUUGAUGUUGGCUGUUUUGGAUCAACAGCACAAAGUUCAGGGGUGAAAUCCUGGCCUCAUUAAAGGUAGUACCAAUACGGUCAUUGUCCUCAAAGAAGUCAGAACAGUGACUCAAACACUUAUCUAAACUUUCUAAAUUACUGGCCUAGGCAAGAAUGUUUUCACAACAGUCAGCUUGGAGUUUUCUAAUUUUAUCUCUUGGGUCAGAGAUGCAUUUGAAAGAAUUUCUCUCUCAUGGCUAUUUUCCAGUUUGACAGAUCCUGUCAUUUUGUAUUUUUUUUGGGGGGGGUCCAACUCUGUACUGGAUAGUGAUUUUUUCUAAAACGCCUUAUGUCACACUUGCUAGGCUCAGGGCUUUCAUGUUUAAUACCAAAGACUUUUGAACUGUGCCAUGGAUAUUCCCAAUAUCACAGCUACCACUGCAAAACCUUCUCAUCCUUGCUAGGGCAGGCACCCGUCUCCUACAGAGGGCAGCGGAACGGGUCCUGGGCUGGGGGCAUUGCAGGGAGGUGUGGGGCUUGUGGACAAUGCACUGGAAGGAACGAAGAGGGGGCAUGGCCAGAUUUUGGACCCCACUUUUAGAAGUUGAGAAGAGGCCUAUGUACUGCCAGGAAAGCCAGAAGUCCCUGCUGCUGACAUGCACGUUCAUCAGUAGUAUCUGAGUCUGGGCAAUCUUGCUGUUGACUCAGGUGUUUGCUGCCUUGGGCUUAGGUCUUGCAUACGGCAGCAUGCACAGCUUUGUGUUAGCACAAGGAGCCAGUCCCACCUUACGUGCCUGCUUCUUACCUCCAACCAACCAAAGAGCUGAUUGCACAAUUUACAAUUUACAAUUCACUUUGGAAUCAGCUAUUUAGGUGCCAGGUGGAAAGCAAAGCAGAAGGUAACUAAGCACAUUCAUAAAAUUUGGUCACCUAAGAUAGCUAGAAAAAUGGUGAUGAUAUGUGAGGUCCCUUCACAUUGCCUCUAUUUUAACAGAUUCCCUGGCCCUGCUUUGUUUUCACACUGUGCCUCCCUGGUCUGUGCUAGUAAUGUCUUGCUGUAUUACUAUCAGGUUCACUUACUGCAUCUAUGCAAACAGUUCCUUCAUCAUAUAUGUUUUACUCCUAGAACUUCUGUAUUGAUAUAUUUUUUUAAUUGCCAGUAAUUAUUGCAACACUCUUUUUGCCUUAAGCACACUGUAAAAUGUUUCCUUCUCUUGGGUCAGUAAUCUUCUUAUCUUCCAGUGGUCAGAAGGGGAAAGAUAUCAUAUGAAAAAAAAGCAACACAUUUUACCUGUGUGAAUUUGAAUAGAGAAAUAACCCCUACUCCUGUCCCAUGUCCUCUUCUUCUGGUCCUGAAACUAUGCAAACUUUUUUUUUUUCCCCUGACCCUGAGAAAGCCGUAAUACCACCUCGUACACUGUGAGUAUUUCUGCUGAUCCUGUUGUGAAAGUGUGAAAGAGUAGCUUUACACGAGUGGCUCUCUGAAAAGGCAGCUGAGCAACUCACCUGUGUAAACCACUUAGGUAUGUCAAUGAUGUCUAGGCUGGGGCCUGAUGCUGAAGGACCAAAAAACCCAGCUGCAUUAUAAAGCUCUGCCUUGAGCCUCGUGCAAGGGAACUUCAGCAUUCUUCACAUAAGAAUGCUAUCAUGACACUAAAUGUUUGAAACAUUUAUGAAAUAAACAGGUGGUUUUAUGUGUAACUUUUUCCUGAGUAUUAUUCACAAAUUACAGCAUAGAAGUCUGUCUUACAGCAAUGUAAUAUAUAUAUCUGUCUCCAAAUAAACAUUAAAAACCUGACGACUCAAGAGACAAAACCAUAGUGAGUUAAAAGGUCUUUUGUGUUUGUGUCUUUUUAAUCUGGAUUUUUAUUUCUCUCGUGAGUCUAUUCUACUUCCUAAUUUUCCUUCUUGCAUGGUAAGUUAACAGACUAUUUCAAAGACAAUUGUGUUAGCCAAUAAGAGCCAAAGUGAUGAAGAAUUUUUGUAUGCAUGCACUAUGGCAGAAUCUGGUUGUCCUGUAACUGCCCAACUCUGCAAUGUUACUUCUGUAAUAUAUAGUCUUUAUAAAAUGUAAUAAAGAGCAUAAUGACAUGGCCCCAGGUUCUCAAGGCUACCGUUAUUGUUUGGCAGCGAAAGAAGGGCCAUCUCCAGCCAGAGUUUAUUAAGCUCCACUUGCCCCUGCUAAUCCACUGGAGGCGAUUAAAAUAAACAUAGGACAAGCUACUGUGGAUGAGGGAUGGAUGGUGCAGAAACUGCAGAGGGGAAGGCAGAAGAACUGCCCCAAUGUGAAGCCUCUGAAUCAUAACAAGGGGUGGGAGAACAGCUACCUGUGUACUUAAA